AAAUCAGGAACAAAGGAGACCACCGACUGUGGCUCCACAUCAGGAACAGAGGAGACCACCAACUGUGGCUCCAAAUUCAGCAUGGAAGAAACCGCCCAUGGCGGCAAAGGUUCAGACACCUCUUAAAAGUUCUGCUCAGGGGUCUCUUGACGGCAUAAAGCUAACUCAGGGAUCUCUGGACAGCACAGAGCCAACUCAGGGGUCUCUGGACGGCACAGAGCUAACUCAGGGGUCUUUAGACGGCUCAGAACCGGCUCAGGGGUCUCUAGACUGCUUAGAGCUGGUUCAGGGGUCUCUAAAUGGUACAGAGCUGUCUCAAGACGGCUCAGGGCUGGCUCAGGGGUCUUUAGACAGCUCAGAACUGGCUCAGGGGUCUCUAGACGGCUCAGAGCUGGUUCAGGGGUCUCUAGACGGCUCAGAGCGGGCUUACGGCGACGCCGUCUCUUACGUUGGAGGGUCUUAGAAGCUGGGCUAAUGGGUUUUGGUUUACAGACUGAUUCUGGCAACAAGCUAUCUUUUGUGCAAGAGGGUUCAGGUUCUAGGCUAACUGGUUUAGAAAUGGAUUCGGACGCUAAACUGGUUGGUACGUGAACUGGUUCUGACUCAAGGCUAACAGGUCUGCUAAGUUCGGAUGCUAAGCUAACUGGUUCAAUGUGAGGUGGCAAGUCUCAGUCUCACCAUAAUAGAAAUUCCAGAGGUCUGACUCAUGGAUAACGGGAGCUCUGGCUGUUUGGGUUGUGACUUGUGGUCUGAUUUAAAGUUUCUUAAUGGAUGGUGCUAACUGACGAUCAAAUAGGUGGUGGCGGAGACUGACCUGGCGUAGACGGGAAGAGGGGUAAAAAAACGGAAGCUGAACGGCUUUCCCCUUAACUGGGCUGAAACGGACUGAACUGGGCUGAGACGGACUAAACAGGGGUGUACAGAGCUGUACUGG